UUCUUGAUUUUUCUUGAGUUUUCUUGAUCCACCCUUCUCCCCUAUAAAUCUGACCCUUCCUCAACCUCGAAAACCUCUUCCUCUUUUCUUUUUUUCUGCUCUUUAGAUAUUGAAUUUCCAAUAUACUGUUAUUAUUCUGCUUCCCUGCCUUAGUUCUUCAGAUUUCUGGGUUCUGAUUUUAGAUCAGAAAUUAACCCGUUUGAUGCAAUACGGUCUUCAUGCUGCAUAAUUGGUUAUUGAUGUUUAAGAUUCAUGUCUCCUGUGCUCGUUAAAAUCUGCCGUUCUGGGUUUAUGGUCAAUUCCUUCCUAAGUCGCAGAACCCAUCUUGUUCAAUCUUUCUCCGUUGCAUUCCUCUACUGGUUCUACGUGUUUUCAGAAAAAAGCUUUGAAUCUUUAUACAUAUAGCUUAUAAAUAUAUAAAUAAAGAGCCCUACAAUUUAUCGUUUUUAGGUAGAAUUUUAUCAGUAAUCCCUUUUGGUGUGAAAUAUAAGAAAAAUGGCUUCUUCGAGUGGAAAUUCUUCAGGGUCUAGACAGAUUCAGAACUCGGGCUCUGGAGAAGAUUUGCAGCAGUUGACAGAUCAAAGGAAGAGGAAGAAGAUGCAAUUAAAUCGCGAAUCGGCGAAGCGAUCCCGUUUGAGAAAACAGAAGCAUUUGGAUGAUAUGAUGGCUAAAGCGACUGCGUUGAAGAAUGAGAACAACCAGAUUCUUACAAAUAUAAAUGUCACCAACCAGCACUAUAUGAAUGUUGAGGCUGAAAACUCAGUCUUGAGGGCUCAAAUGAUGGAACUCAGACAAAGACUGCAAUCCCUCAAUGAAAUCCUCAAUUACAUCAAAUCCAACAGCGCCACCGUCGCGGCCACUACUGCGGCGGCGCCAGCCACCAACCUCAUGUUCCAGGCUGAGGAGUUUGAAGGGUUUUCUGAUGGUUUCUUGAAUAAUCCAUGGAAUUUAAUGUACCUUAACCAACAGCCCAUCAUGGCCUCAGCUCAGAUGUGUGAUUAUUAGUCUUAUCUCAUGGUGGUAGUUUGUUCAAAAUUUCAAUGGUGAAAAAGGGUUGAAAGAGUAGUGUUUUUUAUUUGCUUUACUCUUAUUAAUUAGUUCUAUUAGUGUCUUAAAUAAAAUUAUUAUAUAAGUUUGUGUAAUAGUAAAUGCCAUUCCAAAUAUUCUAAGCAAAUACUGUUGGGGAUAUUUGCAUCAUUUUCCACUUGAAAAAUCUAUCAAAGCAAGAAUUUUAAA